UGUAAACCACCUCGCCAGAAAACCGUGGAAAAUGCCACGAAAAUCGCGAUUUUCGUCGUAGCGAGUUGGUCGUGAGUGCGUCGGUUUUCGGGAAAUGGACCGCCGGAAAAUCCGCACGUAACGUGGUGAAGGGCGCGGAAAAUGUGUUCGCAGGCUCGGGAAAACGAGGAUGUGUUGACAUGGAAUCGAGGAGGCUGUGAGUGACCGAAUUCGGAAAAAUGCAGAAGGAAAACACGAACCCUUCGCCGGAGAUUCAUCAGUAUGUGGGGCCCUAUCGGUUGGAGAAGACGCUGGGAAAGGGGCAGACGGGUUUGGUGAAACUGGGCGUACAAUGUGUAACCGGAAAAAAAGUCGCCAUAAAAAUAAUCAACAGGGAAAAACUGAGUGAAAGCGUCCUUAUGAAAGUGGAGCGUGAAAUAGCCAUAAUGAAACUAAUCGACCACCCUCAUGUCUUAGGGUUGACUGAUGUUUACGAAAACAAAAAAUAUUUGUACCUAGUUUUAGAGCACGUUUCUGGUGGUGAACUUUUCGAUUAUUUAGUGAAAAAAGGUAGAUUAACCCCGAAAGAAGCGAGGAGGUUUUUUAGACAGAUCAUUUCCGCCCUUGACUUUUGCCACAGCCAUUCGAUUUGCCAUAGGGACCUGAAGCCCGAAAAUCUACUCUUAGACGAAAAGAACAAUAUAAAAAUUGCCGAUUUUGGAAUGGCGUCUUUACAGCCGAUGGGUUCGAUGCUGGAAACGAGCUGUGGUUCCCCUCAUUACGCUUGUCCAGAAGUUAUCAGAGGGGAGAAAUACGAUGGAAGGAAGGCUGACGUCUGGUCGUGUGGGGUCAUUUUAUAUGCGCUUCUAGUAGGUGCUUUACCUUUUGACGACGAUAAUUUAAGACAACUUUUAGAAAAAGUUAAAAGAGGGGUGUUCCAUAUACCGCAUUUUGUACCUCCCGACUGUCAAAGUUUACUACGAGGGAUGAUCGAAGUCAACCCUGAGAAGAGACUAACACUAGCCGAAAUCAACAAACACCCCUGGGUGACUGCCGGUGGUAAGGGCGAACUCGAACUCGAACUCCCCAUGAUGGAGGUAGUCCAAACCCACGUCCUGCCCUCCAUCGAGGCCGUAGAUCCAGACGUCCUACAAGCCAUCUGCAGCCUCGGAUGUUUCAAGGAAAAAGAAAAACUAAUCCAACAUCUCCUUAGCCCCAACCACAACACCGAAAAAGUCAUCUACUUUCUCCUCCUCGAGCGCAAGCGCCGUCGUCCCGCAUACGAAGACGACACCGACUCGAUCCUGAGGAUGCGAAUGUCCGAAACGUCGGAUCCACCGAAAAAACGUAUUGACACGUGUCGAGUGAACGGUCAAAGCGGGCUACAAUUUGGACAAAUAAGUGAGGGCUCGCCUCUCACACCCAGACGGUCACAUUAUAAGAGGCACCAUCCGCGGCGAAGUCCAUCUACCGGUAGUACGCAUAGUAGCCUGGGAAUACACUCGCCUACUAGAUCAUCGGGUGCUUCCAGUCCUAUUAUGUUCAACAGCACCACGACGCCUACCAACACCCACUCCGGAAUGUCGUCUCCGGUUCAACGCGCCGCCUCCCACCACGCCCAUCGCACUUCGGCGCACGUAUCGUCCAACACUCACGUGACCGUCACGCCCGCCUCGGCCACGCCCACGCACCAUCGGGCCAAUAGCAGCGGCGGGACUUCCACUUCCUCGGUGCUGUCGACGCUGACGUCACCCGAAAGUGACACGACGAGUCUAGUUUCAGGUCCUACGAUUCUCGCCCCUAUGACGCCUCCCGGCUCACCCCAUUCCGGAGCGACGAGUCACCACUGGCGGUCGCGACUCACUACGAUUAAGAAUAGCUUCUUAGGUUCGCCACGUUUCCAUCGAAGAAAGUUGCAAACCUCAUCUGAAGAAGUCCAUUUGACGCCCGAGUCAUCUCCGGAACUCACGAAGAAGUCCUGGUUCGGGAGCUUGAUGACGACGGAGAAGGACGAAACGUUUACGAUUCUAGUGAAGGGGAAGCCGCUGGCGACCGUCAAAGCGGACCUAAUUCAUGCGUUUUUGUCGAUAGCGGAGCUCAGCCACUCGGUCUCCAGCCCCAUGUCCUUCCGCGUGGAAUAUAAACGCGGCACGACAGGUCCAGCCAUGUUUCAGCGCCACGUCCGGUUUCAGGUCGAUAUUUCCACAAUAACAAAGCAAGUCGGCGACAAUGGCAAAGAACACCUCUAUGCCAUCACUUUCACGCUCUUAUCGGGCAACAUCCGACGUUUCCGGCGCGUCUGCGAACACAUCCAAGCGCAAGUGUGCACCCGCCGGCCCCCACCUAGCCCUCGAGCACAGCGGAAAUUCACGACGGAGCUGAGCGAGAGUUCGAGUUGCGGAUCGGAUUCGAGCGAGUUGUAUCUGAAUGCAAGACAGCUCAACGUGCUGCAGCUGGAAGGAAGCGACCUUGAGAGCGAAUGUAGCGUUUUUGACGUACGAACGGCCACGAGGGAGGUGUCUAGGAGGGCCUCUACGAACAACAACACGGAAACGAUCGAACAGACGACUCCGGGGACUCCCAAAGCUGUCAGAUCGAAUUCCGAGAAUACGGAUUCAUGCGAAAAAACGUGCAUAACGACCAUGUCGGGUAGUUCUAUAGCGUAAUGACGAGCGAUUUAGGUGUUUGUUUAAUACGGGAUAACCUGUAUAUGCGAGUGGAAGGGGUGGACAAAACCGAGCGAUGUGUGGGAGUUUGGCCAUCCCUGUCCCUUGAAUGAAGCGGUUAGCCUUUUCUAUCGCAUCUGCGUCGGCGAACGAUCGUGGGUAAACGGUGGUUCCCCGGCGCCGGUGCUUUUUUUCGUUGACGCUGUACCGAACGUACUUCUUUGUUUCGGCUAUGUUGUCGGCCAUUUUAACGGUGCAGCUGAAGUUCUGGGGACAAAACCUAACCUGUCCAUGUUCGACUGUGUGUUUGCGAGUACACUUUAGUUGGACACCCUGAAUAAAUUGUGUUCUCUCGGCAGAUUGUUAUGACAUUGCUUUUGUACAUAGCUGAAAGCUUAUGUGAUUUUGGAUAUUGUUCAGUGUAGUUGUAAAAAACAAUUGUUGAACAAUUAAAUGGCGUAACCAUUACUGUCAAAAAAGAAACUAACCCCAACAGUGCGUAGCUAGGUAAACAAAAUUGUGACAUUCUGUAUAUAAAUAUACUUAAGUCUAUGCUACUGGCCCCUCCCAGAAAAAUCAAACUAUUCAAAUACGACUUAUUUCAUGAUAUAAAACUGUAUUUAGAGAAAUUGCCGGCCAUAUUGUCAUAUUUAGGAAUAAAAAUAUUGAUAGGAUUUAUGAUAUUUUGAAAUCGCGCAUUUUUUCGCUUCUGACGGUUCUUGUGUGUUAACAUAUCAAUUUUUCAGCCGCUCAAUUUUAUCCUUGAUUCGAUAAAUACGUAAAUAAUGGUUAUGUUGUGGCAGUUCUGACGUGGGAAAACAAAAUCCCUAUGUACCUUUGUAAAUAAAUUCUAUGUAAAUUUUUCUUUGACUACAUUUAUAAAAGAAAGUUAUCUGUUUUCAGUUGACACUGUUUGUUUCUGUUCAUGCACACAUACGUUAGUGUUAUAGUGAAUUAUUUUAUAUAUUAAUAAAUAAAUUAAAGUGAAUAUAGUUUAUGUGUA